AUGGCCCGUCGUCUCUACCUUGGCAAGCUCCCUCCUGACACCCGAUCUGAGGAUAUCCAAAAGUUUUUCGACGGUUAUGGCCGUAUUAUCGACUGCCGCGUCAUGACGGGCUUCGGGUUCGUCGAGUUUGAGACCUCGCGCGACGCCGAAGAUGCCAUGCAGCAAUUCAACGGCAAGAGUUUCCAGGGUACCAACAUCGUUGUCGAGUUCGCCAAAGAGACUCGUCCCCGUCGUGACCCGUAUGACGCAGAUCGCAUUCCUCGGGCUAGAAGGCCCCCUGGAUUUCGUCUGGUCGUAUCGGGAAUUUCCCGUGAUACCAGCUGGCAGGAUUUGAAGGAUUUUGGACGUGAAGCAGGCAGCGUUUCUUACGCCGACAUUGACCGUGACUACCCUGGGGAAGGUAUUCUCGAAUACCUAUCCCGUGAGGAUUCAGAACGUGCCGUCAAGGAGCUCGACGGUCGCGAUCUUCGUGGCCAGCCCGUUAGGGUUGCUCUGGAUCGCGAGCGUGGUGGCGCUGAUGAUUAUCGCCGAGAGCCCCGCCGUGACGAUCGUCGCGAUUAUGGGCGGGACGAUCGCAGAGAAGACCGCGAUCGCUACCGCGACGACCGUCACCGCGAUGAACGCUACCGGGAUGAACGUCCCAAGGAAGACCGUGGCUAUCGCAGGGAUCGCUCCAGGUCGCCUCCUCGCCGCGGGGAACCCGAUGAUCGUCGCCCCAGGUCUCCGCCUCCCCGGAGGGAGCAUGAAGACCGCAGGCCUGCAGGGGAUGAACAUGAAAGGCGCAGGGACGACCGGCGACGGGACGAGAGAGACGAUCGUCACGAGGACAGGCCUGCUAGACACACCAACGGGGAUAGCGGCAGCUGGGCGCGUUGA